GAGAGGUUCUUAUCUGGUUAGGACGGGGUUGGGGAGUUCUAGAGAGAGGUUUUCUACUAUCAUACACAACAAAGGUUUUGGUUUUGUAAUUCACUUUUCAUUCUAACAGAGUUUAUGUUUAAAGCUUUUGGACAAGACAGAACAUCUUUGUUCCGAGUUGGUGUGGAGAUUAUCUAGACUAGCUUUUCAUCAUAACUUGUGCUUGGCUUUUGAGAUGGGACAUGACCUUGGUACAGCAACACAUGGUACGGUUGAGUAGUCGCGAGUUGUUGUUGAUUCAACGGCAAUUGUCUCUAUAUGUGAUCCAACUGUAAAUAUCCCCAGCGAAUGUCUUCUGCUUAAAAACAUGUUUGAUCCAUCCACAGAGACUUAUCCCUAUUUUGACGUUGAUGUUAGAGAGGAUGUUAUAGAAGAAUGUUCCAACUUCGGACGAAUGAAGCAUAUCUAUGUUGACACGAACAGCGCCGGUUUCGUCUACUUGAGAUUUGUAAAGGCGCAAGCAGCCAUGGGUGCACAACGUGCUCUUCAUGGAAGAUGGUUUGGUGGAAGGAUGAUGACAGCAACUUACAUGACUCGAGAGGCUUACGAGGCCAAAUUCCCCGAGAGUAAGUAGCGAGCUACCCUUACUAAGGUUUAGGGAGUGUCGUAAGUUCGAAGCCUAAGACAGAGUAUUAAAGUCACUAUGGUUCUUAAGGCAUCAAUGAAGAUCAAAUUUGCUAUGUUAUGACAAAUUUAUGUUCAUGCUUAGUCUCGAAUAAAUUUUAGAUUUCAUAAGAAUGUUCCAACUUUUUGUAAGUGUAGUUGUCGCAUCGAUGGAAGCUGAAAACAGAAUUAAAAAAACUCAAAAUAUGUUUAAUCAUAUCAGUUUCAGUGA